GAGAGGGUAACAUAAAAUAUGAAAAUUGAUUUCUGGUCCUUGUAGUUUACUUCAAUUUGAUAUUUGGUCUCUGUUUUGUUUUGUUUUUUGUUUUAAAUAAAUUCCUCCCUACACUUCCCAAAAGUUAAACAGUCCCUAUUAUAGUAUUAUUCAUUUAUUUGUUUCCGUUGUAACUUGGACUGCCUCCGUCUAACAUGGCUAGCUAACAAGAGUUGAAGUGUGGAGCCACAAGGGUGCCAUGUACGUGAUUUUAGUCUCUGCCUGUACGUGAUUUAAUUGCCUCUUUUUGCUCAAAAUACUGCGAACGAGAAAGCAAAGAAGGCAAACUGCAUUUUUCGUCCCACAAAACUUCAAUUGGCUUCUAAUUAAUUUAAUCCAUGAACUCCUACUGAACUAUGGCUUUACUGUCAUUCAUCGUCAAGUUGUUCCCAAAAUAGUAAGCCCUGUUUUUGAAAAUUGAAACACUUGAAGCAGAGUGGACGAAUAAACGAAAAUGGGUUUCAAUGGAGCCAAAUCGGCUAGGAUGAUAUGAGUCCAAGAAGAAGCUGCUUGCCAAGCCUUCUUUUGUCCAUGUAUGUAGUGAAUGACCUGUAAUAACAGUGAUAGAAAUGGAAUCACGUAGUCGGCUCUCUUUUUCAUAUGCAUAUAGAUAAUAAAUUAAUUCUCAGUUUUCAUUUUCAUCUAUGACAGUUAGCUCUUUUUUAUGCCUGUAUCUUGAGAUUGAUGAAAACAGCUAUAUUAUUUAUUGGGAUCAACGACCCGACCAUUCUGCACCGAUUUAUGAAGGUAUGCAUGCUUUUAUAUAUAUGUAUGUAUGUAUGCAUGUAUAUUUCUUUGUAUUUGGAAGAAAGAAAACAAGACCCUGGUCAUAGAGUUCUGUCAUUGCAAGUAAAAAGAGAGCUCGCGUCGUGAUCAAGACAUCAAUGGAGGGAGAAAAAGAAAUAAGGUAUGCGGUAGUGACAGGAGCUAACAAGGGGCUAGGGUUUGGGAUAUGCAAGAAGUUGGCAGCAAGAGGGGUGAAGGUGAUGCUCACUGCAAGAGAUGACAAGAGAGGGUUAGAAGCAGUUGAGAAGCUCAAAGAGUUUGGAGUGUCAGACUUUGUGGUGUUUCAUCAGCUUGACGUCACCGACCCUUCAAGCAUUGCUUCUUUGGCUCAUUUCAUCUCUACUGCCUUUGGCAAAUUUGACAUCCUGGUGAACAAUGCUGCUGUUGCUGGUGGCAAAAUAUCAGACCCUGAUGCUUUCAUAAAAAAGAGAAAUGGUGCAGAGAUUGACUGGAAUGAAGUAGGGUUUCAAACUUAUGAGAUGGCUCAACAAUGCAUCCAAACUAACUUCCACGGCACACAAGGAACUGUGGAAGCUCUUCUUCCUCUUCUCCAAUUGUCUUCUUCACCCACCAUUCUCAAUGUUUCCUCUCGAGCCGGCAUGUUAAAGAAUAUACAAAAUGAGUGGGCUAGAGAAGUGUUAAGUGACAUAAGAAGCCUGAACAAAGAAAAACUUGAUGAAGUAAUUGAGGAGUUUCUCGAAGAUUUCAAAGAAGGGUCGCUGAAGAUGAAAGGAUGGCCCACUUUUGCUUCAGCUUACACAGUGUCAAAAGCUGCUGUAAAUGCCUACACAAGAUUACUAGCUACGAAGUUCCCUAAUAUUCACAUAAAUUGUGUGUGCCCUGGAUUUGUGAAGACUGAUAUGACCAAUAAUGUUGGCACUUUAAGUGUUGAUGAAGCUUCUGAAACUCCUGCAAAUAUAGCCCUUUCAUCAGAUGGUGGACCUUCUGGCCUCUUCUUUACUAAGGAUGGUGUAAUACCAUUCUGAUUAAUUGGCUUUGUUGUUUAGUUUUAAAUUGUUGCUGUAACCUGCACUUCUCCGUUCUGUACUAAUUUAUUUACUAUGAUUGAUUUUUGUUU